CGGAAUAUGACAGCUGCAUAUUAAUGAGGUAAUUAAUUAAUGAGGAAACGCCCACAAACUGUCACAAGCCAUCGGCGUAUUUCGGAACAAUCUGCACGUUUUCAAUUUUAAUUAUUGGAAUGGCAGUGCUUGGAGCACAACUUGUAUUCAGUCUGAUUGUGUUCAGCUUCCUGCAGAAGCUCUCCAGCUUUUAUUCAUUUGGGAGAUGGCUACUUGCAGGCAGGCUGGUUCGCUAUCUACAUCCAUCAGAUGAAGAAUUAAAGAAAGCAGCAGGGAUACAGUCCAAUGGUAAUUUAAAAGGAAAAGGCAAGCGUCAUGAUACACGGAAAGGUGCAAAUAAUAAAGAAGUUAAAGAGGAAACUUUCACAAUUCCUCGUAGCACACCGAUUUCAUUGGACACAACAAAAGUGGAAGCGAUCGAUCUCAUACAUUUACAUUAUUAUGAAGAAUAUUUGUGGAUAGUUGACUUCGCAUUAAGUGCUGUGAUAGUUUACACACUGACGGAGAUUUAUUACAUGUUUGGACACGCAAACGAGAUGAACAUCAGUAUUAUUUGGUGCUUGUUGGCAAUAGGUUUUUGUACAAGAAUUUUGAUUAGUCAGACUGUGGCGUAUUUCAAGGCUGAAGAUGGUGGAGAACGCAUUCUUAUCGUCACUUUUGGGUUCUUCUGUUUAGUUUUAGCAAUGGGGGUUCUAGUUGUAGACGAAAAUGUGUUAGAAUUUGGACUCGGAGCUGGAUACAAGAAUUUUUCCGAUGGUGCGACGUUAUUGUUGCAGAAGGAAGGAGUUGAAUCUGCAGGCCCUGUACAUUUUUUGACAUUUAAAAUAAUUUUGGCAUUUGUUUGCGCAAUAAUUGGUGCAUUAAUGACAUUCCCUGGUCUUAGGAUGUCGAAACUGCAUCUCGAUUCUCUAAAAUACAGCAAAGAGAACCCCGCAAAACAAAUACUUCUCCAUUUGAAUUUCAUACUGCCUUACGUUAUCUUGUUUCUAUGGAUUAAGCCAAUUGGUCGAGAUAUUUUAUGCGGAUUGAACUGGCGUAUUACAACAAAAGUGUUCAGUGAGUCAGUUUUUGAUAAUUUUAGAAUCGUCACUUUUGCUGUCAUGUGUAUUUUACGACUUAUGCUCCUCCCAACUCAUGUACAGUCUCAUCUGAACUCCGCCUAUGAGAAGGUCGAAAGUAUACGCAAGGAAAGCGGGCGCAUCAGUAACAUUGAAAUAAAAAAGAUGGUGGCAAGAGUAUUUUACUUUGUUAGUGUCGUAGUCAUACAGUAUGUUGUUCCAGUCAUCAUACUGCUGUUCAUGGCAUUUUUGUAUAAAACACUCGGAGAUUAUUCCUGGUCAGGAACAUUUGGCGAGACUGCAGAAAACUACAUUAACUCAUUUAGAAAGGAACCAACAGUGAGCAAUAUAACUUCAUCAACAAAUAAAACAAGAACCAUGUUGGAUGAAGCAGAAAAUCUCUCAGUAGCAUUCUCAGACUUGCGGGCAGUUUUUACGCCUUUGUUUUAUCGAGGAAUUUUAUCAUUCCUUACAUGGUGGAUCUGUGCAUCUUGGACUCUUGCAAUGACUUUUGGCUUGUAUUACCAUACACGGGCAGAGGCAUGAUUAAUGAUAAGGAGAUCUGUUGCUGGAAAAUAUCAUAGUCUGUCCAUAAAGGUGCUCAUUAUUUGCAAGGAAAGAAGUCUUUUAUUUAUGCCCCUUAAAGGUGGUAUAUAGUAAUUGCUUUGUUUGUAAGUUCCUAUGUUUGUCCAUUAAACCUUUCAAAGGGAUUCAAAUGAAACAAAUUCUCAAAUUGUUGUCUUUUAAAUACUAUUGGAUUUUUAGCCUGGUUACAAGUAGAAAAGUGCUUGAUGGUUAGUAACUUUGAAUGAACUUCACCAUUAUAGGUUCAGAACCCCAGAAGGGAUUUACAGUUGUUCUGUAUGAGGAAAUCAUCCAGCUGGUUUAUGAAUGGUCUUUGUUUCUACUCAGGUACUGCAGUUUUAAAGCUGGAAAGUCACUUCACGAUCUAAAUGAUGUUGGUAUUAUUUGAAAUUGAGUAAAAGAAACUACCGGUAGUGUUUUGAAGCAUUGUUUCGGUUUGGUUCAAAGGAAUUAUUGCUUUUUUGCAUGUUGAUGCUGCGUUCCCUUUUGUUUUACUUUUUGUAUUGUUUUACUUAAAAUUGGUUGAUGUAUAUAUGUAAUAUUUAUAUGUUGCAUACCAUGUGUUUCAAGGUCAUUAGAUUAAAGAUAGUUACGCCAUGCCUUAAGUUGCUUAAUGUAUUUGAAAAUGUGACCAGUUACUACACAGAGUCUGUGUAAACAUAAACAUAACAGAACUGUGCAUUAGAUUUAAAGUACGACACACUUAUAAAAAUAAAAGAAACCACACUAUACAUGUUUGUUAUGCCAUUUUUAACAGAUGAUGGGAGCCUCUGUGGCCAAGUGGUUAAGGUUGCUGACCUCGGGUCAUAUCCCCCUCUCAGAUUUGCUUUAGAGCCUCACUCCAGGCGUUUAAUUCUUCAUACGAGGAAGCCACCCAGCUGGCUUACGGAAGGUCUGUGGUUCUACCCAGGUGCCCGCUCAGCACCUGGGGUCUUCCUCCACCAUCAAAGCUGUAAAGGGGCCAUAUGACCAAUAAUUGUGUGGAUACGACUUUAAACAAAAAAAAAUAAAUGGCUGUUACUGGAUGUGAUAGCAGCUCUACAUACACUAUUUAUUUAUUUAUUUAACAGUUCAUAUUUUCAAAUAGUGAUUUCUAGAAUUAGAUAAACAUCAAAUUGUGAAAUAGUUUAGUGAAAUAUGAAACAUCUUUAAGUCUUGCAUAUAGAAUAGUUUAAGUCCAGCUGUUUUGUUGGGGACCUAUGUUGUAGCUGUUACAGUUGAUUUGAUAUCUCGUGCCUCUCGCCUGUAUAACUGGUUUGAGUUUCAUUAAGGUUGUUGUAUAAGGAAGCAAUCCAGCUGACUCAUUGAAAGCAGUAGUUCUACCUAAAUACCUAUCUAUGCCUGAAGUGUUGUUUGGGAUCUCUGUCACUAUUUAAGCUGGGAAGUUGCCAUAUGACCUUAACCUUAUGUGACUAGAGGUAGUGGACCCAUAAUUGCAAUCAGCAAUUUCUGUAAGAUUACAUGUUCUGUAAAUGCAGUUUCAACAUUCCGCGUUUUUUUAUGGGAAGCCAUAUCUUGUGGAGCUAUAUUUCAUCCAAAGAAUUACGAAAUAGCAAACAAAAAAAAUGCGUAAUGAAACGGAAGUUGUUGGUUGUCAUUACUGGUCCACUACCAAACGUGCGUCUCAUUUAUGGUUCAUUAGGCCUAUGUAUACAUGUCUUAUUAUGGGUCAAUUGAAUUAACCUGUUAAAACCAAAACAAAAGUAAGAUAUGAUGUCAGUAUCACAUAUAGUCACAAAUCUUUUGCAAAUGUUUGAUCUGUCAUAAUUUUAUGUUAUUAUCAUACUGUUUUAGAGCUUUAGUGUUUGCAGUUUUAGUAUUUUAUUAUUGCAUGUGAAAAGUUGUAUGCUUAAGUUAGAAUAGUUUUUACAUUUGCCAUAUUUUUGUCAAACGGCAGCUCUUUUAUUUGUGAAAUAUGCAUGUUCGUUAUUUGAUUAUAUUUUUAUGAUUGAAUGAAUGAGGAGUUAAAGUGAAAUUGAAGAAUUGGGGAAGCAAGUUUGUAAUCUGUAGGAUAUACAUGGAAGUGAAAUUGCCAUAUUCUACUGUUUUCUUUUACAGUUUUGGGAAAAUUGUGUGAAUAUUUUUCUUAGAAAUUAAAUGUUUAAAUACCUUUUAAAGAUUAACUUCAUGUUUUUUUUCAUGUGAGACAAAAAACAAACUUACUGACAUUCUUCCUGAUUUUUGUGGCAACACCCUAGAAACUGCACAUUUUGGCUCACCCCUUGCUUCCCACAUACACACAUAUUACAAGACCAUAUUUUUUUUUUAGCUCACCUGAGCACAAAGUGCUCAAGGUGAGCUUUUGUGAUCGCCCUGUGUCCGUCGUCGUCCGUCCAUCGUCAACAAUUUGACUGUUAACACUCUAGAGGGCACAAUUUUGACCCAAUCUUUAUGAAACUUGGUCAGAAUGUUACCCUUAAUAAAAUCUUGGACGGGUUCGAUAUUAGGUCAUCUGGGGUCAAAAACUAGGUCACCAGGUCAAAUCAAAAGAAAAGCUUGUUAACACUCUAGAGGUCACAAUUUUGGCCCAAUCUUAAUGAAACUUGGCCAGAAUGUUGCCCUUAAUAAAAUCUUGGAUGAGUUCGAUAUUGGGUCAUCUGGGUUCAAAAACUAGGUCACCAGGUCAAAUCAAAGGAAAAGCUUGUUAACACUCUAGAGGUCACAAUUUUGGCCCAAUCUUAAUGGAACUUGGUCAGAAUGUUACCCUCAAUAAAAUCUUAUACAAUUUUGAUAUUGGGUCAUCUGGGGUUAAAAACUAGGUCACCAGCUCAAAUCAAAGGAAAAGCUUGUUAACACUCUAGAAGUCACAAUUUUGGCCCAAUCUUAGUGAAACUUGGUCAGAAUGUUACCCUCAAUAAAAUCUUGGAUGAAUUUGAUAUUGGGCCAUCUGGGGUCAAAAACUAGGUCACCAGGUCAGAUCAAAGGAAACGCUUGUUAACACUGUAGAGGCCAUAUUUAUGAUUGUAUCUUCAUGAAAGUUGGUCAGAAUGUUAAUCAUGAUGACCUCAAAGUCCAGUUUGAAUCUGGGUCAUGUAGGGUCAAAAACUAGGUCACCAGGUCAAUUCAAAGGAAAAGCUAGUUAACACUCUAGAGGCCACAUUUAUGAUCAUAUCUUAAUGAAACUUGGUCAGAAUGUUAAUCUUGAUGAUCUGUAGAGGCCAUAUUUAUGAUUGUAUCUUCAUGAAACUUGGUCAGAAUGUUAAUCAUGAUGACCUCAAAGUCCAGUUUGAAUCUGGGUCAGGUGGAAUCAAAAACUAGGUCACCAGGUCAAAUCAAAGGUAAAGCUUGUUAACACUCUAGAGGCCACAUUUAUGACUAUCUUCAUGAAACUUAGUCAGAAUGUUAAUCUUGAUCUUUAGGUCAAGUUCGAAUCUGGGUCAUGUAGGGUCAAAAAGUAGGUCACUGGGUCAAAUCAAAGAAAGAGUUAGUUAACACUUUAGAGGCCACAUUUAUGACCAUAUCUUAAUGAAACUAUCUUGAUGAUCUUUAGGUCAAUAGGUCAGGUGAGCGAUACAGGGCCUUCAUGGCCCUCUUGUUUUUACUUCUCAUAUACCCUGGGUCAGUUAAGCCUUUUAUAAUAUAUCACAGUAUAUUAAUUUUAUUGGGGUGUUGUUGCAGAUGUCAGUCAAAGAAUGCAGAGUUAUUGUUAUCAAAGCUAGUCAGAUAACUUUAUUGACAUAUUUGGGGGGGGGGGGGGGGUUAUCAAAAAACAUUCAAAGUGAUCAUGUUAUGAAGUUAAAUGUUUUUUGAAGGAAAUUCAUGCAAGUUUGGUCAACGUUCAUGUCAUCAAAAUGAUGUCCAGGUCCUAUGUUCACAAAACAUUUUUAGUUCUCAGUUCGAGAUUGAAAUUUUGAUUGCAAAUUUUACUAGAACUUCAAGAUUAAAUUCCAAAUAUGAGACUGACCACCAGUACUGAAUAGUCACUCUGAAUUAGUUAACUUGACUUUUAAUAUGCAAUUAAGAUACAAAUGACGAUGAAAUUUCUUUAUCAAAAUCAACUGAGACUGAAAAUGUUUUUUGAACAUAGGGUCUGAACUAAUGUUCCAGUCUCACUAGUCAAAUGGUCCAAGUUUACUUGUUACAUUUAACGGUUAAGUUACCUACAAUCCUUCGUUGGAGUAUAUCCUUCCAACAACCUAACUCUGCCACUUUGACAGACUCUGUAUUACCCUGAAUAAAUGCUGCAGGACAAUGCAUUUUGCAAAGGGUAUACAUUUGAGCCGUGCCAUGGGAAAACCAACAUAGUGGGUGUGCGACCAGCAUGGAUCCAGACCAGCCUGCGCAUCCGCGCAGUCUGGUCAGGAUCCAUGCUGUUCGCUAACAGUUUCUCCAAUUCCAAUAGGCUUUAAAAGCGAACAGCAUGGAGCCUGACCAGACUGCGCGGAUGCGCAGGCUGGUCUGGAUCCAUGUUGGUCGCACACCCACUAUGUUGGUUUUCCCAUGGCACGGCUCAUUUAAUGACCCAGUUUCAAACAGUUUUCAUUUCAUUUCUAAUGUGAGUAUAGCUAUAAAUCAGACUUUCCAUGAAUUAAUUUUGACUGUUGUUGCCAAAAGAAUGCCAAAAUUUACCUGUAUGUAAAAAUGGGAGGGGAGCAUUUAUGUGAUGGAACAUGGCAUAUUAAAAGGGGACACAAACUCAUCUGUUUUAUAUUCUAGUUGAUAUUGCUGUAUGAUUUUGCUGGUGAAUGUUUUUUAUAUACGGUUAGUUUGUAUCUGGAUUGUUUUAUAUUGUUUAUAGAAAUAAAGAAAAUUGGAUAAUA